UUACUCUUGUAGACUCCAGGGUUAGGGUGGAUAUUGAGGAACUUCUCGAGCUUCCUGUAAGCCUGCUCUCUCAAGCACAAGGCUUUCAACCGAGCAAGCUGACAAUGGGGUUCAGCGUGUUCUUCAUUUCAACAUUUGCAUUUGUUUACUACACAGCAUGGACGCUGCUUAUGCCCUUCGUCGACACGACGCAUCCCAUUCAGAACUUCUUCCCUUCGCGAGAAUGGGCAAUCAAGAUCCCCGUCUUGAUACUCUUGCUUAUAAUGGGUACAUUGGGAAGCUUCCUUGGUGUUUCUAUGAUCAACUAUGGCAAACGACGCGAGCUGCCGAGUACCUGAGUUAUGUCGACGUUUAGCAUCGUCUCACGACGCAUAGAAUUUUAUCUGCAUUUCAAUGGUGUUACUGGUGUUUU